AUGGAUAUCCAAGAAUACAAAAAACUUGCAAGAAAUAAAAUUGAAGCUGAUACUUUGACUCGUCAGGUGAGAGAUGUAAUAAAAAUAACAAAAUGGGAAAAACAAGAUGCUCGGGAAGGAUUUAAAGAGACAUUUAAACCACUUAUUCAAUCACAGGAUAGUAUUAAAAAAAGUAUUGAUGAACAGCAAAACGCAACUAUAGCACAACUUAAAGCUAAUCAACUUGCUCUUACACAAGGUUUUGAACAGUUUAACAGAUUAGCUGAUAUGAGAGAAUUACCAUAUGUUGGAGAAGAUUUGGGUGAUUAUGACAAUGAAAAAGGUUGGGAUGAAAAUUGGGUGCCAGGUAGUAGUUCUAAAAAAGAUAGAUAUUUAAAUUUAGAAAAAAACUUUGAAGGAAGAGAUCUAGAUAUAUUAAAAGAAUUUAGGUACCCAAGACCAAAUGAUUUUUUUGAAAUUAAUCCUAAAGAUUUAAAUCUAACUUUAGAAGAAUUAAAAGGUGAUAUAAAACGGUUAAAUGGUGAAAUUAGUGGUAGAAAGAAAGCUAAAAACCCAUCUCCAGUGUAUGAAGCUGAAACUGAAAUUAAAAAAAUGCAAAAAGGAACACUAAUGAAAUAUAAAAAUACUAUGAAAGAUUAUUUUAAAUCGCUUAAAUAUAAGGUAGGAAAAGGUAUUUACUUUAACAACCCACAUCAACUUUUAGACAGACUUGAAUUACUCGGUGGUUCAAUUCUUGCUGGGAAUAAUGGUGUUAUAAAUGAGUUUUCUCAUAUAGCACAUCUUCUCAAUAAGAUGAAAGUGAUCUCAAAGAAACAACUUAAUAAUUUACUAAAAAAUCAUAUACUUACUAAAUAAAAUGGAAGAACGAGCUAUUCACAUUUCCUCAUUAAAUAGGGAAAAAAGAGGAACAAACAAACCUGGUGAUUUUACUAUUAAGUUUAAUCCAUCUUUGAAACUCAACCCUGAUAAGAAACACGAACUUGCUCUUGAUCGCCUGUCUAUGACUUACUCUUGGUAUAACAUUAGUAGUGAUUAUGGUAAUAACAAAAUUAAAUACACCCACGAUGGAUCCACCUGGCAAACAAUUACUUUUGUAAAUGGAGCGUAUUCCUACUCAGAUAUCAACGAUUACAUUCAUCAAUAUAUGUCUCAAAAGUCUCAUCACUCAACAGAUUCAAAUGGAAAUAAAACUUAUUCAAUCAAUCUAACUUUUAUACUAUCUACAUAUCGAGUGUUAGUAUCACUUGAUGGUGAUUAUCAACUUGAUCUGAGAGGAACAGAUUUUGGAGACCUGAUUGGAUUUGAAAAGAAACUUAUUACAAAAACAGAGUAUGGAUCAAAACUACCAAAUAUCACAAAUUCGAUUGAUGUGUUAAAUAUCAACACAACCGCAAUAACUAAUAGUAUUGUAAAUGGAAUAAAUACUAAUACUAUUGCUGUGGUACCAACAGACAAUCUCACAAGGUCUUAUCCAUUUACGUUUGAGCCUAAAAGACCCUUGCAUUGUCCUUUAUCAUCUAAUCAUAUAGAUGAAAUGAGAAUAUAUGUAACAGACUCACUUGGAAGACCAGUAAAUUUUAAUGGUAUAGAUUGGUUUAUGACUUUGAUACUUCACUCGAUGUAAUAGGGGAACAGCCCCUAUGACCCCCUCCCUCAGAUAAAUAUAUAUUCAUUAGAUAAAAAUGAUGCGACAAUCAGAGUUUAAAAUGAAACUUGACCCUGAAUUGGGUAGAUAUACAAGACAACAUAUUUACGGAGAAGGAAUGAUGGAUGUGAUUAAAUCCUUUGGUUCAAAAUUAUUUGGAAAGACAAUGAAAAAAGCUGCUAAAAAGGGUGCACAAAAAGCGGUAACAGCAGCUGCAACAAAAACUGGUGAACAUGUAGGAAAAAAGGCUGGUGAUAAGAUAGUGAAAUUGUUAUCCAACGGGGAGGUGCAACCCCCCCGAAAACCCCCUGCUAAAAAAGUUACUUUUAAUAAAAAUGUUGAAACAAUUCCAAACACUCAACAAGAGAUAGAUCAAAGAUUGAAUGCAAUUCUUAGUGGAGGUUCAACACGUAAGAGAAAAUUAUAUAAUUAUUAAAAUAAAAUGAAGUCUUUUAGAAAUCCAAAAUAUUUAGAAAGAUAUGAAGAUGUUGUUUUUGAGCUUGAACAGGCUUUAGCAACACCAGCAAAUAAUGCUAAUCAAACUAAAACAGGUCAUAGAUUUGUUGCUGAUAACACAGGAGAAGCUACUCCUUUUGAUUGGUAUAACGCGCGAUUUUCAGUAGAUUUCAAAGUACAACUUUUAGAUGGAAAUGAUUUUAAUAAUAAUAAUCCACAAGCUGGAAUAGUAAAUGGAUCAAAUAGUUUAAUUAAAAAUUUAUCAAUCCUAGCAAAUGGUAGAGAUGUUUACAGUUGCAACUAUGCUAAUCAUGUAGUAAAUAUUAAAAAUUUGCUUGAGUAUAAUCCAUCUUAUGUUAAGAGUGUUGCCACAAAUGAAUUUUAUUAUCUUGAUACAUCAAGAAUUGCUCAUGCUACUGAAUUUACAAUUAAUAACACAAAUGUUACUGGAGGAGCUAAUGUUGUAAAAGGUAGAGAAGCUAAUUAUAACAAAGGUUUUGCAAUAAGAAGAGCGUUAAUAGGCAACUCAACAACAAUUAGUUGUGAUAUUCCCUUCAACAGAUAUUCUUUCUUUGAAUCUCUAGAGGACAAGCUUCUUCCAAAUACAAAAAUUGAGUUGAAUAUAGAACUAGAAUCAGAUGCUAAUCUUAUUUGGAGAACUGGAGGUAAUGCUUGUAGAGUUGUACUAACAAGAUUUCAACUAUUUGUUCCAAGAUUAACAUUUAACUCAGAAGGACAAAAACUAUACAUGGAAAAUUAUCUCAAACCAUACAAAUGGGUGUAUCUUAAUGAAGUAGUAGAACGAUCAAAUAACUCUCAACAGCAAACAGGUCAUUUUAGAAUUACAAAUGCAAUCUCAAAACCACGUCAUGUAUUUGUUUUUGGAAUUAACACAGCCAAUAUUGAUUCACAAACAGCAAAUCCAUUUUUAUACAAUACUUUUAACCUCCCAAACAAUGCUAAUAUAUCUCGUUGUUAUCUCGAGGUUGGAAAUGGAAAUGAGUACCCUGAUAUUCACUUUAAACCAUCUACAGAUCCAGCAAGAGUUUUCAGAGAAGUAAUGUCAUAUGUUUACGCAAAUAACGACUUUCAAGGUGGAACACUACUUAAUAGAUCAAAUUUUGGUUCUUUGUUCCCAUUUGUUUACUUUGACUUAACAAAACAAAAAAUGGAUAUCAAAGAUGGAGUUACAAAAUUAGCAUUUCACUACGAACUAUCUGCUAAUCCAAAUGCUGAUUAUAAUUUAUACGCUUUAGUACUCCACGAACGAGUGGCAGAAAUUGAACAGCAAGGCGGAAAACUAUUGCUUAGGGCUUAA